AUGUCCAAACACCCGCCCUCCUCCUACGGCAAGAACGGGCUGGCGGACGGGCUGCACACCCCCAUCUUCCAGGUGGCCCGCGGGACGGCGACCCGGCGGAGCCGGUUGAAACGAUCCGACGGCAGCACAACGUCCACCAGCUUCAUCCUCCGGCAGAAUGCCCAAGAUGUGAGGCUGAAAGGCUGCCUUGUGGAGCAGUCCAUGAAGGGCUCCUCAGACCCUGAGGAAACAAGCCCCGAAAUCCUACUAGUGGACAAGCCAGCAUCAUCCAGUGCCCUGUGGAGGAAACAGGGAUCAGCAGAUUCAUACACAAGCAGACCAUCAGAUUCUGAUGUGUCUUUGGAAGAGGACAGAGAAGCAAUUCGCCAGGAGAGAGAACAGCAAGCAGCUAUUCAGCUUGAAAGGGCAAAGUCUAAACCUGUAGCAUUUGCAGUUAAGACUAAUGUGAGUUACUGUGGCGCACUGGAUGAAGAUGUUCCUGUCCCAAGCACUGCCAUUUCUUUUGAUGCCAAGGACUUUUUGCACAUUAAAGAGAAAUAUAAUAACGACUGGUGGAUAGGAAGGCUGGUUAAAGAGGGCUGUGAGAUUGGCUUCAUUCCAAGCCCACUUCGGCUGGAGAAUAUCCGAAUUCAGCAGGAGCAGAAGAGAGGACGUUUCCAUGGAGGGAAAUCAAGUGGAAAUUCUUCUUCGAGUCUUGGAGAAAUGGUGUCUGGCACAUUUAGAGCUACACCCACUUCCACAGCAAAACAGAAACAAAAAGUGACGGAACAUGUUCCUCCUUAUGAUGUAGUGCCAUCCAUGAGGCCUGUUGUGUUAGUUGGCCCGUCGCUGAAAGGUUAUGAGGUAACAGACAUGAUGCAGAAAGCCCUCUUUGACUUCCUGAAGCACAGGUUUGAUGGGAGGAUAUCAAUAACUAGAGUGACAGCCGACAUUUCUCUUGCUAAGAGGUCUGUCCUAAAUAAUCCGAGCAAGAGGGCAAUAAUUGAGCGGUCGAAUACCAGGUCCAGUUUAGCUGAAGUGCAGAGUGAAAUUGAAAGAAUCUUUGAGUUGGCAAGAUCCUUACAGCUGGUUGUCCUAGAUGCGGAUACUAUCAAUCAUCCAGCACAACUUAUUAAGACAUCUUUAGCACCGAUUAUUGUCCAUGUUAAAGUGUCAUCUCCAAAGGUUUUGCAGCGACUGAUUAAAUCCAGAGGAAAGUCACAAAGUAAACACUUAAAUGUUCAGUUGGUGGCAGCUGAUAAACUUGCACAGUGUCCACCAGAAAUGUUUGAUGUCAUUUUGGAUGAAAAUCAGCUUGAGGAUGCGUGUGAACAUUUGGCAGAAUACCUAGAGGCAUACUGGCGUGCUACACAUACCACCAGUAGCACACCUAUGACUCCUCUUCUUGGAAGAAACCUAGGAUCGACUGCACUUUCACCAUACCCUACUGCAAUCUCCGGAUUACAGAGUCAGCGUAUGAGACAUAGCAACCACUCUACUGAGAACUCUCCAGUUGAACGAAGAAGUCUAAUGACCUCUGAUGAAAAUUAUCACAAUGAAAGGGCUCGGAAGAGCAGGAACCGCUUGUCUUCCAGUUCCCAACACAGCCGAGAUCAUUACCCACUUGUGGAAGAAGAGUACUCUGACACUUACCAGGACACUUACAAACCCCAUAGGAACCGAGGAUCGCCUGGAGGAUAUAGCCAUGAUUCACGACAUAGGCUUUGA